AUGGGAAGCAGCGAAAGUGUACCAAUUCCUGGUGGAGGCACCGAAGGCUAUCAUGUUCUACGGGUUCAAGAAAACUCGCCAGGAGCACAAGCUGGACUUGAACCGUUUUUUGAUUUUAUCGUUUGCAUCGGAAAUACCAGAUUGGACACGGACAAUGAAACCAUGAAAGAUAUCCUCAAGCAGCAUAUAGACAAGCCGUUAGAAAUUACAGUGUACAACAGCAAAACUCAAUCUGUUCGCCAGACUACUAUUGUUCCAUCCCAAAACUGGGGAGGACAAGGGCUUUUGGGAGUAUCAAUUCGUUUUUGUUCGUUUGAUGGCGCUAGUCAGCAUGUUUGGCAUGUUAUUUCUGUUCAGCCAAAUUCGCCUGCUAGUCUUGCUGGCCUUAUUGCGCAAACGGACUACAUACUCGGCGCUGAAAGCGUACUUCAUCAAGCCGAUGAUUUGAUUGCUUUGGUUCAAGCAAAUGAAGGAAAGCCUUUGAAAUUAUAUGUUUAUAACGUUGACAGUGAUGUUGUUCGCGAGGUGUCUCUUACACCGAAUUCUGCUUGGGGAGGCGAGGGAUGUCUUGGCUGUGACAUUGGAUAUGGAUAUCUUCACAGAAUCCCGGUUUCUGUUGAUAGAUCCAAACCAACUGUUGCUUCUGUGCCGCCACCAGUCAAUAACGUCUUGAUUGACAAAGUCAAUACUGCGAAGCCUCCAGCGGCUUCAAAUUUCCCAGACCCGUCACAGUUUACGUCCCAAAUGCCGCUUCCUCCUGCUCCAAUCCAGCAAUUCGCGCAAACUGGGUAUACUCCACCUCCGCCGCCCCAGCCCACGGUUCUUGCGCAACCUCCACCGCUCUCUGAACAGAAUGGUGGGCAUGGUCAUUCACACGAACAGAAUGGUCACGGCCAUUCUCACGAAAGUGGACAUGGACAUUCUCAUGAAGGUGGAGAUCAUGAUCAUUCGCAUGAAAAUGGAAGCCACGGUCAGUCGUACGAAUCUACUCCUACGCCAAUUGUGCAGCAGCAACCAAUUGACCCAGUCACCACUCAACCACCUCAACAGCUCCAACAAACAUACACGGAUAAUCCAGUCAAUUACUAUUCAAAAUCUUCGGCUCCUCCAAUAAGUUAUCCAUCAGCUUCAUAUUCGACGCCAACGACAUAUCAAACUCCACCAAUCAGUUCUCCGAACCAAUAUUAUCAACCACCAGCGCCACAAAAUAAUUACACUAAUCAAUAUUACAAUCAACAAUCUGUGCCCCAACAACAACAACAACAACAAUAUGCGCCACCACCGUCUUUUGCCCCUUACAAGCCGGACAUUCCAUCAGCUGUUCCUCCAAUGUUUUCAAAUACGUCUAUUCCAUCUCCACCAACAUCAUAUGUUCCACCACCGGCACCGAUCAAUUUCCCAAUGCCUUCGUUGAGCUCACUCGGAAUCUCGCAGCUCGCUGCUCCACCGCCGUCGACUAUCGCCAACUAUCAAAGCCCACCACCAUCAUCGAACCCUCAACAAUCGCAAUAUCAGCAACCACCGCAGCAACAGUACUCCGCUUAUCCACCACCGCCGCCACCACCAACUGGAAAUUAA